GGGGGCGGGGCGGGGCGGUGCGCGCCCGGCCCUGCUGCUGCGCGGGCGCUGCUGCGUGGGGAGGGCGCGGCGGAGCGGCGGGCGCCGAGCUUUAAAUGAACAUUACUAUCGCUUGGGGAGGGCAGCGCCGGUGGCUCGGGCCGGUUGGCGGCGGCGGCAUCAGCAGCUCUUCUCCUUCUUCCUCCUCUUCCUCCGCCGCGGCGGCAGAUUGAGCCAGAAGCUGGUACAGGACUGCGGACUGGCUCGGUAAGGCGUGCGAGCCCGGGGUGCCAGGGGUGUUGUGUUUUUCCUGCCGACGCCGUAACUGCCCGGUGGGGUGCCCACGAGCCGCAAAGCUGCUGUCCACGUGGACUGGUGCUGAAAUCUCUCGUCCGGCUGCUGCCAGAGCCUCUCCAGCGAAACCCAGAGACAUGGCAACAAACGGGACAAAAGUGGCAGACGGACAGAUCUCCACGGAAGUUGAUGCUUCAAUCACCAAUGACAAGCCUAAAACCUUGGUAGUAAAAGUGCAGAAGAAGAAGACGGAUCUUCCAGACCGAGAUACUUGGAAAGGAAAAUUUGACUUUCUUAUGUCCUGUGUAGGUUAUGCCAUUGGCUUAGGGAAUGUGUGGCGAUUUCCAUACCUUUGUGGCAAGAAUGGUGGAGGUGCAUUCCUGAUUCCCUAUUUCCUUACUUUAAUUUUUGCUGGAGUGCCACUGUUUCUUUUGGAGUGUUCCCUUGGUCAAUAUACAUCUAUAGGAGGCCUUGGAGUGUGGAAGCUUGCUCCAAUGUUCAAAGGUGUGGGGCUAGCUGCUGCAGUCCUUUCCUUUUGGCUAAAUAUUUACUACAUUGUGAUUAUUUCGUGGGCCAUAUACUACCUGUAUAACUCCUUUACCACUACUCUUCCUUGGAAACACUGUGAGAACCCAUGGAACACUGACCGCUGCUUCUCCAAUUAUACCUUAGCAAACACCACCAACAUGACAAGUGCCGUGGUCGAAUUCUGGGAACGCAACAUGCACCAAAUGACUGAUGGAUUGGAAAAACCAGGGCAAAUCCGAUGGCCGCUAGCAAUUACUCUAGCAAUUGCCUGGAUUCUGGUGUAUUUUUGUAUCUGGAAGGGGGUAGGCUGGACCGGAAAGGUGGUAUAUUUCUCUGCUACUUAUCCCUAUGUUAUGCUGCUUAUCUUGUUCUUCCGUGGUGUAACACUGCCUGGAGCAAAGGAAGGCAUUUUAUUCUAUAUAACUCCCAACUUCAGUAAGCUUUCAGACUCUGAGGUUUGGCUGGAUGCUGCCACACAGAUUUUCUUCUCCUAUGGUUUGGGUCUUGGUUCACUGAUUGCCCUUGGAAGUUACAACCCUUUCCACAAUAAUGUUUACAGGGACUCCAUCAUAGUGUGCUGCAUAAACUCAUGCACAAGCAUGUUUGCUGGCUUUGUCAUCUUCUCCAUUGUUGGAUUCAUGGCUAAUGUCACAAAGAGGCCUAUUGCAGAUGUUGCAGCAUCAGGCCCUGGACUGGCAUUUCUAGCUUAUCCCGAGGCAGUGACACAGUUACCAAUUUCUCCUUUGUGGGCAAUACUGUUCUUCUCCAUGUUGCUCAUGCUCGGGAUUGACAGUCAGUUCUGCACUGUGGAAGGAUUCAUCACAGCUUUGGUGGAUGAAUUUCCGAAGUUACUGCGCAAUCGAAGAGAAAUCUUCAUUGCUGUUGUAUGCAUUGUUUCCUAUCUGAUAGGGCUGUCCAAUAUCACUCAGGGUGGAAUCUAUGUGUUUAAGCUUUUUGACUACUACUCUGCCAGUGGAAUGAGUCUUUUGUUCCUUGUAUUCUUUGAGUGCAUCUCGAUAUCCUGGUGCUAUGGUGUUAAUAGAUUUUAUGACAACAUCCAAGAGAUGGUGGGAUACAGACCCUGCAUCUGGUGGAAACUCUGCUGGUCAUUUUUCACUCCUAUCAUUGUGGCAGGAGUAUUUAUCUUCAGUGCUGUCCAAAUGACUCCUCUCACGAUGGGAAGUUACGUUUUCCCAAAAUGGGGCCAAGGGGUUGGCUGGUUCAUGGCUUUGUCUUCUAUGGUGCUGAUACCAGGCUAUAUGGCAUAUAUGUUUCUAACCCUGAAAGGCUCCUUAAAACAGCGCAUCCAAGUCAUGAUUCAGCCAAGUGAAGACAUCACUCAUCCUGAAAACGGGCCAGACCAGGCCCAACAAAGCAACUCUGCAAACAAAGAAGCCUACAUCUAAACGUCUGUAUUGUAAAAGUACCAAUACUACUCCAGAAAAACAAAAAAUAUGGUUGAAUAUGACCACAAAUUUAUAUCUGAGAAUAUAAUUACCUACCUCUAGCGGCAAAAAAAAAAAAAAAGAAAAAAAAAAGAAAAAAAAGAAAAAAAGAAAAAAGGUCAUCUCCACUAUAAGGGAAUCGCCAUGGGUAUGAUCCAACCAUUGCGCGAGCUCAGAUGUUGACAGUGUUUUGUGUUCUCUGGCAAUCCACAGACUGUUAAUGUUUUUAUCCUUUCACAAUAAUAGUUGCAUAUCUCGGAAUUUGUAAAUCGAUGUGCCAAGACCUUUUUAAUCUACCUUUUAGCACGACUAUUUGAAGUUUUGUGCUGCUGAUUUUUAGUAGGUUAUCAGUAUUUCUUACCGCUGAAUCCCAAGACUGUUAUUUCUGACUUUGCAGGAGUAAAAUUAAGUUUGGAAUUGUUUUGUACAAAAGAAUGAAGUACUUUGUAAACAAGUGAUUUCCAGCGAAAAAGUCUGCCCUUAAAAUUUGCUCCAGUCAAGGUCAUUUGAGGGGGGAGAGACUUCCUUCACCUCACAGCAGACACGGCUUUUAUAAACAUUCCUAGAGCAAAUUAAGUUACAUGGCUAUUUGUGGCAAUGCAGCACGGAAUGGCUGUAAACGCCCUCUGUACUUAGCCUUUCAGGAUAACUUUCAAAUGAGAUCCUUUUCAACAAUACAUACACUAUUUCUUACGAAAAGAACGUGUCUUUGUGAAUCAAUACUACAUGAAUCGCAGAUGUUAGAGGCAAAAAUACGACUUCUAACUUUUCUAGCAAAACAAGAAGUAAUAUCCAAAAGCUCUUAAAGAUUCCCAGGAGUAAAAGAAAUACAAAGUCUUUGCAAUUCAAGCUCGGAGAAUUGAGCUUUUAUUACGCCGUUAUUAUUAUACUGUUAUUGCAUUGCCACCAAAAUAGAAACCAAAACAAUGGCUUAAAGAUUGAAGCUUAUCCUUGUAAUUCUAAUUUAGGGUUUAAUUCAUGACUGUUCUUUUUAAUCCGUUAAAGGUCUUUAACAGUUUCUAAUAAGCAAAUUAUAAAACAUGGAUCGUUAGCACUUUGAAAACAGUUGUAUUUUGAUUUACAUAUUAUUUGUGGUGAUGAAGGCAUGAGGGAAAGCUAUUUCAAUAAUACAAAAAUCUCCGCUCUGGGCUCAGGCUGCAUUUGCCACAGAGCUCGAAAGCCCGUUCAGCUCGUGGAAGUUUUUCCCGGGUGGAAGAUGCAGCGGUUAGCCCUGUAUGGUAUUUCUCGUUUGGCAGCUAUAUGACAGACACAAGGGAUCAUGGAAAAUGCAGUAGUUGAUGUUUGAUUGUAAAUGACUGUGACAGAACUGUGCAAUGAAACAUGCUUUUCAGCAAAUUUUUGUGCAACGUACAAUGUUAGAUAGCACAAUUUAUGUAGAACUACUACGUGAAAAACAUGUUAACUGUGAAUGUUGGGUUUUUCGUUGUUUUUGUCUGAAGGUGACAAACAUGUUCUUGCAAUAAGGUAUUAUUCUCAGAAUGUCAAGCACAUUAUUGUAGAAAUAAUAUAUAUAUAAUACACAUGUAUUUCAAACUGCAUCAUAAAAUCUCAGAGUAUGUUUGGUAGAUUCUAAACUGUUUCAUACGUAGAUCAAUUGUAAAAUAUUACAAGAUCUAAGCUACAUCCUAAACGGCUAUAGCUGAAAUGCAAAAGUCCUGUAAGUCUUUGGGAUUUAGAGGAAAACCGUACAUCCUACACAAACAUUACACAUGAUACAUACACAUUAUAAUUGUGAAUUUCAUUAGACUAAGGAUAAAAAUUCCAACUUUCUCUUUAUUGUUUAAUGUAAUCAAGUCCCAUGUUGUUCUAAGAAAAAUGCAGUAUUUAAUGUUUGAUUGUAAACAAUUAUGACAGAUGUUUGACAGACCUGCUCUUUAGCAAAAAGCUGUACAAACGUAUCAUAUAGCACAAAAUAGUGUUGUAGAACUACUGUGUGUAAACUGUGAAUAGCUGUAUCUUUUUUGUAGUACUUGCCCUGAAAAAAAGAUUAUUGUAUGAUCAUAUAUGCUUUUUGCAAUAAGGAAAUAUCUGAACACCAAGCACAUCUAUCUCUAUAUAAAAAAAUAUAUAUGUAAUAUAUACCUAUUCAAAAAUAUAUACAGAGCCUGUUUAAAAGAGUACAGUAUUAUUUAGUAAAUUGCAACCUGUUCUAUGGACCAAAUGUAAAAUAUUUAUAAAUUAAGAUGCAUUUUAAAUGUCUAUAAAUGGUGUCAUAAUUAAAGCACGAUUGUUAUGUAAGUUUCCAAGAGUUUAGAGGACAAAGA